CGUUCCCGCCAUGGCCGCCACGGCGCUGUCGCGGCGCCUCGGGAAGCGCUCCCUGCUCGGGACCCGCGUGGCCGUUCCUGACGGAAUCCCGGCAAAUUCCCGAAUUCCCGACCCCGGAUCCCAGGAGGGCGACGAGAGCGGAAUUCCCAAUCCCGGAUUCCCAAAUCCCGGAGUCCCCGAUCCCGGAUUCCCAAAUCCCGAAUUCCAGCGAAUCCAGGGACAGCAGGUCCCGAUCCCCUCUGUGGGGCCGCAUUGGGAUCACUCCAUUCCCGAUCCCGGAAAUCCCGAUCCCGGAAAUCCCGGUGAUCCUGAUCCCGAUCCGGUCCGGGCACUGCGCCGAUCCGUGUCCAGCAGCAUCGACGUUCCCGGCAGGUGGUUAAUUUUGGGAUCUUUUCGGGAUUUUCCUGCUGAAUUCCCGCUGGUGCAGUUAAUUUUAGGAUUUUUUUUGGAUUUUCCCAUUGAAUUCCUGUUGUUUUCCCGUUCCCGCAGGCGCUCCGCGGCCCCGCUGGACGUGGACGAGAUGGUGGCGGCGCUGGUGCUGACGAGCCUCUCCUGCAGCCCCGCCGUGCGCAGCCCCCCGUGGCCGGACGGGGACCCCUGGAAGGACGGGGACGUUUCGGACGGGGGCAGCAGCACCGGCAGUGCCAGCAGCGGCCACUGGAGCGGGGGCAGCGCCACGGGCAGCCCCAAAAACUGUGGGGUCAGCCCCAAAAAUUGUGGGGUCAGCACUGAACACUGUGGGGUGCGCCCUGAAAAUUGUGGGGUCAGCCCUAAAAACAGUGGGGUCGGCGCCAGGGGCAGCCCCAAGCACUGUGGGGUCAGCCCUAAACAUUAUGGGGUCAACCCCAAACACUGUGGGGUCAGCCCCACACAUUGUGGGAGCAGCCCUAAACAUUGUGGGGUCAGUCCUGAACCUUUUGGGGUUGGCCCUGAACCUUUUGGGGUCAGCCCCACAUGGUCUGGGAUCAACCCUAAACACUGUGGGGUCAGCCCCGAACAUUGUGGGGUCAGCCCCACACAUUGUGGGAUCAGCCCUGAACCUCUUGGGGUCAGCCCCGAACUUUCCGGGGUCAGCCCCGAACAUUGUGGGGGCAGCCCCACACACUGUGGGAUCAGCCCCGAAUCUUUUGGGGUCAGCCCCGAAGCUUUUGGGGUCAGCCCGUCCCCACCCCACGGCUCCGUCAGCCCCAACCCCAAAAGUUUGGGGGCUCCGGGAGCGGCCGAUGAGGGAUUCGAGACCGACCCCGAACCACACCGGGUGACAGUGGCCGUGUCCCCGCAGAGCUCUCCCCGUGUGCUGUUCAAGUGUCUGUGGCCCGGCUGUGGCAAAGAGCUGCGCUCCACCGUGGGCAUCCGGCGCCACGUGCGCACCCUGCACCUGGGGGUCAUUCCCACGGGAUUGGGGUCAUUCCCACAGGAUUGGGGUCAUUCCCAAACAAUGGGAUCAUUCCCCCGGACAUUCCCAGAGGAUCAUUCCCGAUCCCAUUCCCGUUUUUCCCUCCAGGCUCUCCCGUCCAUCCAAAUCCCGGUGUCCCCCCACAUCUUCACCAGCAUCAGCUGGGCCUCGGCGCUGCCCCCGCUGGCUCCGGUUCGCAGCCGCUCUCUGUCUCUCGCCGAUCCCCGUUCGCCGUCGCUGUUCCCCCCUCAGCUCCUCGUGGCCUCCCCUCCCCGCGCCGGCCCCGGCUCCAGGAAAAGCCGUGGCGAGGCCAAGAAGUGCCGGAAGGUUUACGGGGUGGAGCACCGCGAGCAGUGGUGCACGGCGUGCCGCUGGAAAAAGGCCUGCCAGCGCUUCCUGGACUGAAUUCCAGAGGAAAUUCCCAAAAAA